CACCGCAGCUGUCCACAGGGACAAGCAUCACUCCGAGGGUCAGCGAGGUCGAUUGGAGCUGGUUAUCUGUGACGCGUGAGCGCGCUUUCACCUGUUCCUCUCCUUGUCGAGGACGCGCAGCCUUUAAAGCCCUAACCUUCCCCCUUUGCCCCUCUCGCACAUCUGUCUCUCCACUGGUCUGGACAGCUGUUAGAGGUUGCCCGGCGGUCACAGUGGCACAACUACCCCGGCCUCACACCCCAAAUCGCCCGUGCCCGCACAUUUACCCACGCCGGAGGAACCGGGGCACGCCGCCGCCGAUGCCAACGGGAGUGUCCGCUGACUCUUUGACUCUGUACAACAUCCAGCGGAUUCAAAACACAGAGGGGGACACUGCGGACUGUCGGACUGGCUCAGACCGAGCGAGGAGACUGUCUCUGGGCCAAAUUCCAUAGUGGAGGGGGGAAGCAAUGUGGUCCCUUCUUUCCACGCUGACCGUCUUAUGUAUCCAGAUGUUGCUGGUGAUGUGCAAUCCAUUACAGCAGGUACUUGGUGUGGAUGGGGUCAACUUCAGUGUGCAUGUGGAGAACCAGACACAGGUGCGAGACACCAUGAGUCGGCGACACCACCGGGUUUACCAGCUCUACAGCCGCACCAGCGGCAAACACGUCCAGGUGCUGGGACGCAGAAUCAGCGCCCGAGGAGAAGAUGGAGACAAAUAUGCCCAGCUCGUAGUGGAGGCCGACACCUUUGGAAGCCAGGUGAGAAUUCGGGGCAAAGAAACCAAUUUCUACCUGUGCAUGAACCGCCGCGGCAAGCUGGUAGGAAAGAAGGCCAGUAAUCGAAGCGCAGACUGCGUUUUUGUGGAAAAGGUUCUGGAAAACCACUACACAGCUCUGAUGUCAGCGCGCUACACAGGCUGGUAUGUGGGCUUCACUAAAAGAGGCCGUCCUCGCCGGGGCCCCCACACACUCCCCAACCAGCAGGACGUACACUUCAUGAAACGCUUCCCACCUGGGGAGCAGCCCGACCUCACCACACCCUUCCGCUUCACCACGGUCAGCAAGCGGGGCAAGAGGGUGCGCGCUACUGGGCCCCGCUAGUAGUGGCUAACGCUAGCACCCACUGUCUUGUCAUCCAAAGCCUUGACCUGAGCCUGCCAAUAGCUAACCCAGUCAUCUCUUUUGUCGCACACGACUGAACACCUCCCUGUGUUGGGACAAAUAUUGACCAGAAACUUGAUGAAUCAUUCAUGGGGUUUAGCUUCACACCUACUAAUUUGCCACUACAGCCCCUUAGUUAGUGAUCAUUUCUCUCAGUUUUAGUUCCCUAACUGGACAACUGGACCAUUUCUAGUUCAUCGCUGGAAGCUCUAUGGACCUGGACUGCUUCCCUUCAUUGGCCAGAAACACUGACAGCAAACCUGAAGGGCAGCCAGAGUCCCAGGCUCUACGAAGGCCUUUAUUCCACAACCACAAAAACCACAAGGCCUUCAUGUCUCCUGUUCUGGACCAGCUGGACAAUGUCAAGUAUGGGAUUACAACUGGAACAUACAGAGAGAGAGCAAGGGUGGGAAAGACUGAUUGAACAAGAGAGUGGGUGCUUAGCCAAGGAUAAAGGGAAAACAGGAAGGAGAAGACAGCAAAACAGCGGAGUGGACAAAGGGAUAGAAUGAUCUGUACAGAUCAAAUGGACCAAUAAUGGAUUGUUGACAUGUGACGCACUUAUUUGUCUCACUGCUAAACUUGGUGGGAACCUGUGAGACUGUGGGAUGACUGGAAGGAUGGAUGAGGGAAUGAUCGAGUGAGUGGCUCACCGAAUACAUGCAUGUUUGUAAGACAAGGAAGUGUGCUUAAGAUUGUGUGUGUGUGUGUGUGUGUGUGUGUGUGUGUGUGUGUGUGUGAGUGCACCAACAACCAUGAGUGAAGCUGGAUCACAAGGGACUCUGGAAAGGGACCAUUCAGUCCCUGCAUGAACCCGUGACAACUCACCGCAGGGACUGAAGCUUUAGGAACUAGAAUGUAUAAAACCAAGCUGCACCAAAAACAGCCAGCCAAUCACCGUGAACCAAACCAACGACCGACCAAAGACAACUGGAGACCUUCUUCACGACUCCUCCCGAUGCCAUGCCCCCCCGAGGACACUACACCCUCUGCUUAUAGCUGCAGAGAGUGACGAGCACAGGGGUGAGCACGGCGGGGAGGGUGCCUUGUCGAUUAGCAUUGCUAUAGAAACGACCCAGGGGAUGAUGCUCCUGUGUGAUACCGUGGAUACAGAAUGCUGCUACCAGGACAUUCAGUGGAACAAACCAAAGUCUCAUUGCAUACACACAGGAGAAAAAAUAUUAAAGGGAACAAUUUAUUGAAAGUUAUAUAUAUUAUAUAUAUAAAAGAAGACAGAAACCCUAAAUAAGCAAUC